CUGAAAGGCGUGUACUCACUUUUAGAUUGAAACAUUUUGUCAGUUUCAGGGCCAGCCCAUUAGGGGGACGAGCAGCCUGACUGGGCCGGACCCAACAAUUUAAUGGGCCUAAUAUAAUUUAAAUAUUAUAUAUAUAUUGAAGCCCAGCCCAGACAAAGCCCAAAGCCCUCCUAUUUCCGUUCCACAGAAAAGAAAGCGGAAGUAGAAAGCACGAACGGAAAUUGAAAAAGAUGGCAGAAGGAAGUCGCCGAGAGAGAGUCGCCGCCGCCCGCCUGCAUGCUCCACUGCAGUGCAGAGUCUAGCCGCUUCCCGCCAGACGCCGCCUCGCCGGAAACUCUCCAGCCUCCAGGUUCAGGAGUCCAGGAAAUCUUAGGGUUGGCCUUUUUAUGUGAAACCAAACCAAAAAAACUGAACUCCCCUCUACACUUAGAAGACGGGCAGAUGUUCAAAUCCCAGAUGGCAGGCAAGCUGGGUGAGGGAGAAACCAUACCCAGCUGGAUAAUAAAUGUUGAAACUGGUCAGCAGGAGAUGCUCUGGGUGGAGGAGGAACUGAACUAUGGGAAGGAGAAGUGGAAUGGUUAUGUAAGGUUGAAGAAGAAGGGGAUUGGUUAUUUGGUAAUGAUGAAGGAGAAGAAUCAAGAGGAGAAGGAUCUGAGGAAGGAAGCCCAAAGGGUAGUUCCUUUGAGCAUGUUUUUUGUUGUCGAUAUUGUGCUGAUCGACAAGAUCCAAUAUGACUUAAUGACAAGUUGGAGUUAUGGCGUCAGUAAAGGCUUCAGAGGUUGGGUGACGGAAUCAGAAGUGGAAGUUAGGAUUGAUUCACAUUCAGUGCCUAAAAUAGAUAAAUUUGGGUCUACCUCUACCCCUUUGUGUUCCGUCUACCGCAACCCUCUUGCAUCUCCUUACAUGGACCUCUGCACUCUUAUUGUGUCCAAAUCACCUCAGUCUAACUUCUCACAACUUAUUCUCCACAGGUACCGCUUCCACCGUACCUUGAAUAACCUCAUUCUAAAUCUUAUCCAUCCUUGUAUGACUACGCAUCCACCUCGGCAUUCUCAUUUCUGCCACUUGAAGAUGGCCAACAUGAGUUUUCUUCACAACUCAGCAUUCUGCUGUGUAUAAACAUGGUCGGUCUGACCACUGUCAACAAAACUUCCCUUUCAUGUUAGAUGUUAUCCUCGUGUUAUAAAGGACACCUGAAGCUAGCCUCCACAUCGCCCAAGUAGCUCCAAGCCGGAAUAUGGCAAACAAUAUCCCCAUCAAUCUUCCCAGCCAACUCAAGAGAGCUUUGCUGCAUUUCAGAUUUUGGAAAUAGGCGGUAAAAAUAUGGGAAGGCUAAAGUUUCUUUGGGAUACCACUAAGUACAUUUUUACCGGGGGCCUCUUUGGCAUUACUGUGUCCGAUCGUUAUGCCAGUCUAAUUUCCAUUAAAGGCAUCUCUAUGUAUCCAACAUUUAACCCUCAUGGAGAUGGACCAUUGACUCGGGACCGUGUGUUAUUGGAGAAACUAUGCCUUGAAAAGUACAAGUUUUCUAAAGGUGAUGUGGUGGUCUUCAGAUCUCCUUCUGAUCACCAUAAGAGAAACAUCAAAAGGAUAAUAGGGCUACCUGGUGAUUUGAUCAGUACACAAGAAGAUUCAUAUGAUGCGGUGAUUGUACCAGAAGGCCAUUGCUGGGUUGAAGGUGACAAUGCACCUCACAGCUUAGACUCGAGAUCUCAUGGACCUGUCCCUUUAGGUUUAAUUUGUGGCAGGGUCACACACAUUGUCUGGCCACCUCAAAGAUUUGGUAGUGUAGAAAGAAGACUUCCUCGAGGCAUUCCUCCAUUAUAAAACUGCUUUCUUUCCGAAUUUGUCAUUCUUCACGUAAUGCUCCCUUUCUCUUGUUGUAACUAGUAGAGUAGAUUGAAAUACACCCAGUAGGAGAUGAAUAAUUAUAACAAUCUCAUUUUGCCUCUGCAUUGCACGAGCCAUACCCAGAGACUUCAAAUGUGUUUUUGAGGCUGAAGCAUCUCCAAUUUUUGUUACUAUUCAGUGUUCUUGGCUUGCAGACAUUAUUUGGUGUUAUUUUUUGGAAAAAUAUAUAUAUUUUUCGCUUGAAAAUUUCCUAGAUUGGAAAACACUGGUACUUGUAUUUGUUAAUGUAAAUCAAUCAAUAAAGGGAUUCUUCCAUU